CAUGCCGUUGCCAGAGUUGCCUCUGCCGCAUUCUAUCGAUAUCGAUAUCCAGCCUCACUUUUCCACCCACGUUUUUGUUAUAAUUUAAUAAGAUUUGCGGCCCGAGACCUAUUUUUUGCGGCGUCCCCGGCAAGAGAGUGAUACGAGGCAUUGCUAAAUCAUCGGGGGAGAAGCGGAUAACAGGGGAAAACUGAAUUUUUAGCUUGUCCGGAACCUGCGGUGGUCGAGUGCAUGCGAGUGUUGGAAUUCGCUAGUGUGAGGAGAAGAAUGUGUGUGUGCGUGUGACGGACGACCAAAAAAGCCGACAUCACCGCCCAUAUUUGUUGUUGAUUCAUUAAAACGCACACAGAGGGGCCCCCAGCGAUGCGCCAGUGUUGGUGAGUUGGAGCAGCUCCCCAUCUCGCUCCCGCACGUCGCCACUGCCAGCCAGUCAGCCAGCCAGCCAGAAGAAACAGUUAGCUCAGAAAGAGCGCAGGGAGCGGUGGAAGAAGUCAACGGCAACGUCAUAAAAUUUGUCAUCGGUUUUUUGGUUUUUUUCAAAACCAUAAUUAUAUCAGAGCACCAUGAUCCUGCUGGAAAUCAAUAACAGGAUUAUUGAGGAGACGCUCCUGGUCAAGUACCGCAACGCUAAAGCCGGACUGAAGCCGGAGUCGAUAGACAUAAGAAUAGCAGACUUUGACGGGGUGCUCUAUCACAUUUCCAACGUGAAUGGCGAUAAAACGAAAGUGCGAAUCAGCAUAUCGCUGAAGUUCUACAAACAGCUGCAAGAGCACGGAGCCGACGAGUUGCUGAAGCGUGAAUAUGGUAGUCUGCUGACUGACACGGAAGAAGGCUACAAUGUGUCUGUACUUAUCAAUCUGGAAGAAAUACCAGAAGACUGGGAGCAAAUUGCCAAGAGAAUCGGUCUGCUGAAGCGAAACUGCUUUGCCAGCGUCUUUGAGAAGUAUUUCGACUUUCAGGAGCAGGGCGAAGAGGGCCAAAAGCGGGCCGUAAUUAACUAUCGCAACGAUGAGACUUUGUAUGUGGAGGCGAAGCCCGAUCGUGUCACCGUCGUCUUCAGCACCAUUUUCCGCGACGAGGACGAUGUCAUUAUCGGCAAAGUAUUCAUGCAGGAAUUGAGGGAAGGUCGCCGCGCCUCGCAUACGGCGCCGCAGGUGCUCUUCUCGCAUCGGGAACCGCCACUGGAAUUGGCCAAUACGGAUGCCAGAGUGGGCGACAAUAUUGGCUAUGUCACAUUUGUGCUCUUCCCACGACACACCAACAAAGAAACAAGGGACAAUACCAUCAACCUAAUACACAUGUUCCGAGAUUAUUUGCACUACCACAUCAAGUGUUCAAAGGCUUAUAUUCAUUCGCGCAUGCGUGCAAAAACCUCGGACUUCCUGAAGGUUCUAAACCGUGCCAGGCCAGAGCCCAAAAAUACGGAGAAGAAAACUAUAACGGGGAGAACAUUCAAACGCAUUGAAUGAUGUGUUCAGUAUACUUAGUUGCUUUUAUAUAAAUUUAAAAAACAAAACAAAAAUAAACAAAAAAUGUAUUAAAAUGCGAAAUCCGAACAUCAAUUUGGCCAAGCAAUGAAAAUCCGACAACAAUUAUAAACUAGAUCAACAAAUAAUAAUAAUAUUAACAAGAAAGAAAGUAUUCCAAAACAGAAAAUUAAGGCUAAAAUGUAAGCUCAGCAUCAUAAUGAACAAAAGAAUUAAUAGUUACGCGUUAAUAAUUGAAUAAUUGUGUGUGUUGUUGUCCAGUCAGCGUCCAAAUCCGUGUCUCCGCCAAUUUGUUAAAGUCACUAACCAAGUCAGAGUCCCAGCAGCAUAACCAUUGGAAACCAAUUAAUAUUAAACUUAAGUGAAACAUGAGAAUUAUAAUAAGCCCCUACCUACCAUGUCAAAGCGAAAUGGAACCAACUUGUUAUAUAUAGUUGCAAUCCCGAUCCCCAGACUUAGCCUAUAUGUGUAGAAAACGCAUUUAAAAAAACGUAAAAGUCGAAAUUAAAACUUAAAAGCCAACCUUUGAUACAUCAAGCAAUCCCAAAAACGGAAUUAAUAAAAACGAUUGAAUCAAAUUGCAAUAUAAAAACUAA